AUGCAAACCUCUUCGCAGACACAACCACCAGUGAUUCUUACACCUCUUCUUUUGCCUCCUGGUUUGACUCCGGGUGCAUCAUUUGUGGAAUACCAACAAAAUCAGUGGCAUGUAAUCAUAUCCAAUACAAAUGCUCUGAUCGGAAAAAGUAUAUUAGCCGAAGAUAAAGCCCAAUCACAAGAACAAAUGUUUCAUAACAUGAAUCAACAAUUAUUAAAAUUGCAAAAAGAAAUUGAUUCUAGCAACAUUAAAACAAUUAAAACGCAGCUUGUAAAUACUCGACAACAAUUGGAGCGUGUGCUGCAAAUGACGGAAGGAGUCGAAGAUUUAUUAAUAUUCUUAAAAUCUUCUUAUAGUCAUUAA